GGAAAAAAAUUCGCACGGGCGGGCGAGGGGGAGAAAUUUGUUUGGGGGGUUUUUGAGAACCCUAAUUUCUUGCCCUUGGGGAAGAGGAGAUGGCGAGCGAGAAGCCGGGAGAAACCCUAACCCUAAGGAAGCGGAGGGCCAGUGGAAGCUGCGGCGGUGGAGGCGGAGGAGGGCGGGGAGGAGGAGGAGGAGGAGAGGGAGAUUCAGGAGCUGGAAAAGGAGGUGGGCGAGAUGGCCCGGCGAAUCCUAGAUUUCCGGAGGACUAUCCCGGAUAGGCUCAUGGAGGCCUUCUCUUCUCGCCUCGUAGCACAAAGACCGCUUCUUCCGCCUCAGAUUGGUUCUGCUUCUGCUCCAUCUGAAACCCUGGUGGGCGCUGAUUCCGGAGCUGAUGUACGAUUAGAAUCCCAGUUGACUUGGGGGACAUCUCCUGCAGAAGCUGAUCAGCUAAUGCUUGGGAAAUUAAAUAUUUUCAGAGCCAAAACUGCUAGCAAUAUUGCUGCAAUGCCUGUCAUUUUGAAGAGAUUGAAUGACUGCAUUGCAAGGAUUGACAAGCUGGAUCAGUAUAAUGCAAGCAUACAUCCUGUUUUCAAAAGGAAAAGGAACUAGUAGCUGAUAAUAUUUUGUUCUCAGUUCCUGAUGUAUAUUGUAACAAAUGAAGUAGAGUGUAUUUUGAGAGUACCAUUUUUACUCUGUAUGCUGGUACCAAGAAUCAUUGGUUUGAUAGAAUUUGGUAAAGAAAAUGUGACUCAGCGUAGACAAGACCGUGUUCAGCUUGAUGUAUUAUUAUUAUUUUGCAAGUGCCGACGUGGAUAAUGAAAGAUGGCCUUUUCGUGAAAUACGAUCGUUACUCUUCAGUGGUUCAAA